GUCGCAGUGUGUACAUCAGUUGUCUAUACUGCGGAACGUCUCGCCGCGCGCAGCAGUUUUUUUUCGCAGUGAUUUUAGUCGAGUUUUCGCGUGACGGAUCGCCACGCGACGCUUCUCACGACUCGCAGUUCCGGGCCGAUCUCACGAGUUUCGACACAUACGUCUCCUCGCACAUUUUCGCAUCUUUCACGCUUCUUUUCCAUUCAUCGUUUUGGCCGGAGGAUCGCGGGGAGGCGUCAACGCGCAGACGGACUUCGACGAGAGCAAUGCACCCCGCAUGGAAAAAGCGCAGCCUCUACUGCGAGCGGUAUCGACAGCGUACGAAGACAUGUAACGUACAGAUGCGGCCUUGUUACUGAUCCGAUCAGGCCAAACGUCAUCGACGACAAGAAUCCGGGGCGAGACGCACCACGAGGAGAUCGGAAAGAGAUAAACAAAGAGAAGGAGAGGAACAGGUUGAAGAGAAAGCGUAAGAGGAAGCGUGCGGUGCAAUAGAGAAGGAGAGGAAGGAGGAAGAGAUACUCUCUCUGCGGAACGAGACAAGUAGAAGCCACAUCGCGCUCGAUCAUGACGCAGCAAAGCGGUGCUGGGUCACCCCAGCAAUUUUGUUUGCGCUGGAAUAACUAUCAGACUAAUCUAACAAACGUCUUCGAUCAACUCUUACAGAGCGAAAGCUUCGUGGACGUGACCUUAGCCUGCGACGGGCACAGCGUCAAGGCCCACAAGAUGGUCUUGUCGGCCUGCAGUCCGUAUUUUCAAGCGCUCUUCUUCGAUAACCCCUGCCAACACCCGAUCGUCAUCAUGAAGGACAUCAAAUGGCCGGAACUCAAGGCUGCGGUCGAAUUCAUGUACAAGGGCGAGAUCAACGUCUCCCAAGAGCAGAUCGGGCCGCUGCUCAAGGUCGCGGAGAGUCUCAAAAUUCGCGGCCUCGCGGACGUUAACAGCGAACAGGAACUAACGUCCAGACCGACUCUGGAAGAGGUCGCGACCGCGGCGUUGCAGCGGAAAAAACGCCGCCGGAUGUCCGGCGAACGUUCGCCGUCCAGCACGCAUCACAGUCCGGAACACGGUUCCGGUAGCAUUGCCGACGAUCAAGAAGUGAUGGCCGGCAACAUUGUCGUGCCCGAUAUCCACAACAUGAUACCACCGACCGCCAGCUCGACACCUAGGUCCUUGGGCUCGCCUAGCACGCCUAGUAUGCCUAGCAUCUCCGUCACGCCGCAGAUCAAUCUGCAGGAGCUUCCUGUCUCGCUGCCCUUACCACCACCCCCGCCGCCACCGCCGCAGGGACAGCAGAGUUCGCACCCCCUGUCGACCCACCACGUGCCCGGCCACGUGACUUCCGGUCCGCACGCGCCCGUCAACCACCUGGGCGCCCACGGUCAACCGCUCAGCGUGCAGCAGCAGCAGCAGCAACAGCAGCAGCAACAGCAGCAACAGCAGCAGCAUCAUCAACAGGGCGCCGCCAGUCAGACUGUCGGUGACGAUCUUGAGAUCAAGCCCGGCAUCGCGGAGAUGAUUCGGGAGGAGGAAAGGGCCAAGUUGUUGGAGUCGUCCCACGCUUGGCUCGGCGCCUCCACUUCCAGUAUAGCAGCAGACAGCUACCAGUACCAGCUCCAAUCCAUGUGGCAAAAAUGCUGGAACACCAACCAGAGCCUGGUGCACAAUCUGCGCUUUCGAGAACGCGGACCCCUCAAGUCCUGGCGGCCGGAAACUAUGGCAGAGGCGAUCUUCAGCGUCCUAAAGGAAGGGCUUUCCCUCAGCCAAGCGGCAAGAAAAUACGACAUCCCCUAUCCAACGUUCGUUUUGUACGCUAAUCGAGUGCACAAUAUGCUGGGGCCUAGCGCCGACGGUGGGGCUGAUCUGCGCCCAAAGGGAAGAGGAAGACCGCAGAGGAUUCUGCUGGGUGUCUGGCCGGACGAGCACAUCCGUGGUGUGAUUCGCGCGGUGGUAUUCCGCGACGGGCACUCACCCCAUAUCGUCAAAGAGGAGCCGACCACGAUAUACCCUACCCUGGCGAACUACGCGGCCUGCAACGGUCCGGAAGGCGCGGUCAGCCCGGGUGCGGCGGCCGCGGCCGCGGUUGCGGCGGUCGCUCAAGGUCUUCGACAUCAGAUGUGCAGUAUGGUAGCGGCAGCGCAUUCGCAGCAACACGACAUGAUGGCGACGAAUUUGUCGACGAAUCUGUCGACAAGCCUGUCCUCUAGUCUGUCGUCAAAUUUACAGGCAGCGAUGCAAGCUAGCCAGCAUCACAAUAACAAUAAUACAAGUGGCAGUAACGCGAGUGGCCUCGGUGGCAGUGGUAUUGGCAACAAUGGCAAUUCCCCAUUGAAUCUCGGUCUAGCGAGUCCAGGUUCGGGCGGACCACCCGAGAGCCCGAUGGAGAGUCCUCUGGCGAGUCCGUUGGGUCCGCUGAUGGAUCCGGCGGGUCACCUACCUAGCAGCGUGGAGGUCGGCAUCGGCGUGAGCGGCAUGACGUAUAAACCGGCGCGAAGCUUCGUCAGUCCGCGUCCGGAGAAUCUCUUCCAAGAGGACAUCGCCGACCUGGUGAAGAGUCCCCACGGUCUCAAAGACAAAGAUAAGAUUCCAGUGAAGCUCGAGCCGCUCACGGACUCGCGCUGCGAAUAGUAAGCCAUCGUUACGGUGGCUAUGGGACGAGGAGCGGAAACGACGACGUCACCGCUGCAAGAUCACCGGCCAAGGAAGAACGAGGAGCGUCGAUGACACCUUAGGAGGACCUCUCUCUUCGAAGCCGUUAACGGUCGAGGCCCGGUGAUGCGGAUCGGUAGGUGCUGAGAGUCACUUUGACGCCUCUCGCGAAGAAUCGAGCUUUGUCCGAUUCACUUUGCGGCACUUUGCCUCCUCGCGCGCGGGAGAGAGUUUAUAGUAUAUAUGUAUAACAUAUACGUGACUCUGAACAUUGUACGCGAGCGCGAUAUAUUGUGCAUACGAGUAGAAGGAUGUUAGAGAGAAAGAGGCUUACAAUCAAAAAAAAAAUACAGAAACACAGCGUAAACGAGAUAAGCGUAGAGAGUUUCUCGCCUGGUUUAAUAUCGAGCAAGUAUGAUUUAGCGAUCGUGAAGACUAGACGAAAAUCGCUCAAUCGAUUCUCCUGCAACAGGAAAGAGAAAAACAGAGAAAAAAGAGAGAGUAAAACCUUCUUCUAGCGAACAUACUAUAGCUAUUGGGUUGCCGGCGCCCCGCGAGUGCGCCGCCACCUUUUUCCAAUCUAGAUAGUCGUGUCAUCGUCGUGUCGUACAGACUAUGUACAUGUAAUAAAGGUAAAACCUACACGCUACACACGAGCGCAUAUAUGAACAUACAUACACUCACACACGAGAAACACGAGCGCGCCAUACACAAGAUACACAUUCGAAAAUUUAUACCUACGCAUAUAUGAUAACUGUACUUUUAAUGCCAAAUGUAUAAUAACUCGUAAGGGGUCGCCUACUGCCGAAUGAUUGAUUAUUCGAGACAAAUCUCGACGAGAGAGUAAGCCGCCUCGAACAGAGCUAGUUGUACUAUCGAGUCCUUACACAACAUGUCAUGGAUCAGUUUGUGAUAUACCUUGAUAAUUCUUAGGUAUCACGCAAAGGUUUGCUUUAAAUUAUUUUAAGAAACUAAAAGUAAGAUUUUUUUUUAUUAUUAAUAUACAUCGCGAAAAAAAUUAUAGAUAUCGCGAAAUUAUUUUUUAUUUUUGUAAAUUAUUUUGUAAACAUAAAUCAUAUACAUAUGUAUGAUUUAUGAGAGAUAUACGCUAAAUGGAUCUGGUUUUUUAUACUGCUUCGAUAAUGUAAAGUUUUCUUUCUUUCUGCGUCGAACGUCUUAACAUAAGUAAGCGGACGAUAAAUUUUGCUACGAAUCUCUCCGAAACAGAAAAUCUCAAUUUUGUCCACGACGCUUUGUGCAAGAGUACUAUUUUUUUGAUGGGCAGUAAGCGACGUCACUGAUCUAAGCUCGAUAAAAGAACGUGAGGGAGGUGUACAAAAUUCACUAUGACUGUCUACCAAGCAAGAAAAAACGAGCAAAAAGAAAAAUUAGGGAGUGAAAGAAAGAGAGAGAAAGAACGACAGAAGGAAAAAGGUAAGACAAAGUAUUUAGAGACGGAGAAAACAAAUUUAACGGCUUAUAAAGCGAGCACACUCUAGGCCGAGAUGAUCGCUAUAACGUUAUUAAGUAUAAUGAUUGCCUUCCUGCCAUAUUUGGGGUAUGCCAAGUAUAAAAAUUAUAAGGUUUAGGGAUUAGGGAACGAGAAACUGUGGCUCGACAUGACAGACCGUGUCGAAAUUUCGGUGAGUUCGGCGACCACGAAUGUGUGCAUCGGUGCGAGAUUACGAAUCUGAAUACGGGCCUGAAUGCGAAUGUGAACGCUAGUACGAACGCGAGUAUGAACGGAUGAAAGAGUGAAUGAAUUGAAAAAAAAACUCGUGUGCGUGCGUUUCUUCUUUCGAAAGAUCGUGCUAUUUUUCAAAAUUUUACAUGUCGCGCGUGAUUUCGAGUCCUCGACAAUCGAUGAACGAGCCGUGCCGACCAGUUGGAGUGAAGAAGUAUUUUAAUACCGAGCAAGAUUACGUACGAUUAAAAUUUAUUGAAGUUAGUAGAUCGUCUUUGCAAAAUUGAGUCAAUUUGAAAUCCUAGACUUGCCAAGUAUUACUUUUCAAAAUGAUGCUAAUGUAAAGAUCCUCAUUUGAUCAUUAUUACUGUGAAUAAGCAGACAUUUUUAUUAUUAUAAAAUUCUAAUAAAAUCGGGCAAAAUUAUCGGGCGCAAUUAAAAUUCAUUGGAUCUUAUAAUCGAUCAUCUAUGCUAAAUUCGGUUCUGCAAUUUCAAAUUGGAUUAUCAUAAAGUAUCGUUUUUCGAUGGUGCUAAUCUGAAAGUUUCAUUAAUAUCACUAUAAACGAAUCGAUAGUUUUUCAAACAAUUUACUUCUAAAUGUAUUUAUCGUAACAAAAAAGAAACGGAAUUUUUUGAGAAAUCUAAUAUCGGCACGCUAGUUCGCGCACGCGCGCGCGCGCGUGUGAAACGGAGAGAGAAAGAAAAAGUGUGUAAGAAUGAGAGAAAGAGAGAGAAAGAGACUCAAUGUAAGUGUAAAAAAUAAACAAAAAAAAUCGAAGUGGCCUUCGGUGAAAGGGAAAGAUCAUCGCUUUUCGCUUUUGCUCGUACGAGGCUUUUGGCGAAACAAGCCAUCCGUGUUAUCCAUUUGUCUGGGGAAACUUUUACGAAAGAGAGGAUUAAAAAAAUCACAGAAGGAAGAAAAUUGAUUCUCGCGCCACGCUCAUGCAGCCAGAAUAUUUCCGGAUGAAGAAAGAGGAAGGAAUCGCGCGUUCGUAGCACGUAUCGGCGAUUAGGGAAAUGAAACAUCGGUCAAGCCAAAAAUAAAAAAAAAA